CUUCCUUGUAGGGCUGAGCAAGAUCUUGUCGAAGCUACUGUGGAAUUUGUGUACAGUAAACUACAACACGUUGCGGAAAUCAACACUGGAGAUUUUGAAGCAACAAGGCAAGCCACUACUGAAAUUGAACCUGCAAUCUCUCGACAAACUGCUGCAUCUCUUCCUUCAUCAGCUGAACCAUCAUCAACAGCUGGUCAGUGGAAGUAUGACGUGUAUUUGAGUUUCUUGGGUGCAGAUACUCGAAACAGUUUUACAGAUCAUUUAUACUAUGGGCUGCAACAUAGUGGACUCUCAAUGAAUCAACAUCUUGAACGAGAGCACCCCAUUUCUCCCUCUCUCGUGGAGGCAAUUGAAGAAUCAAGAAUUCUUCCAAUUUUUUAUAAUGUGGCAAACGUUGAUGUACGGUACUGCAAGACGAGUUUCGAAAAAGCUUUCCAAGAGCAUGAAAGCUCUGGGCGACACACAUCAGACAAGAUGAAGGGCUGGAAAGAUGCUUCAAACCAUGUAGUCAGUCUCUGCAGGUGGCAGACAAAGAAUUAUAAGACUGAUAGAGAACUUGUGGAGACAAUUGUGGAUUUUGUGUGCCGUCAAGUAAAACCUAUUGAAAUUGGGUUUACAAUCUCUACUAAUUGGAAAAAGGGUCAUCUUCUCGGCUGCGGCUCCUUCGGGUCUGUGUAUGAAGGAAUUUCUGAUGGCGGAUGCUUCAUUGCUGUCAAGGAAGUUUCCUUGCUUGAUCAAGGAAAAGUUUCUCAACUUGAACAGGAGAUUGCACUUCUGAGUCAAUGUAAACAUGAGAACAUAGUUCAGUAUUAUGGCACACAAAAGGAUGAAUCAAAGCUCUACAUCUUUCUGGAACUUGUAACCAAAGGCUCCCUUCAAAAGCUAUAUCAAACGUACCCUCUUACAGAUUUGCAUGUCUCUGUAUACACUAGACAGAUCUUGCAAGGUCUGAAGUAUCUUCACGGCCAAAAUGUGAUUCACAGGGACAUUAAAUGUGCAAAUAUUUUGGUGCAUGCUAAUGGAUCUGUGAAGCUUGCAGACUUUGGCUUGGCAAAGACUAUCAAAAUGAACGAUAUAAUUUCUUGCCGAGGAACUGCAAACUGGAUGGCCCCUGAGGUUGUUGAACAUGAAAAUCCAGGUUAUGGCCUUCCAGCUGAUAUAUGGAGUCUUGGAUGUACUGUGUUGGAGAUGUUAACUAGGAUGGUUCCAUACCCUAAUCUCGAAUGGAUGGCGGCGUUAUGGAAAAUUAUGAAGGGGGAGCCCCCUCUGGUUCCUGAUUCUCUUUCAAGGGAGGCACAAGAUUUUAUCCAUCUAUGCUUACAAGUUGAGCCAGAUAAUCGUCCCACUGCUGCUCAGCUUUUAAAACAUCCAUUUGUAAAUAAGCCCCUUCCUCCCACGUCUUCUGGAUCAGUAUCUCCUUACAAUCACCACAGGCAGAGUUGAAAAGAUUUAUUCAGCUAUAAGUUGUGAUGGUAAUAAGCUCUAUUCAACAUUUCAACCCAAAGAAGCAGGCUGACAACUCAUCCAUUUUCUAUAAUUUGCUUUGGAAUCCUGUGUUCGGCCACCAAAUCUUGGCUUACUCUGGUAGAGUGCAUGCUUGACUGCUUGUUAUAACUUCAGUGAUUUUCAAGGUCUAUGCCAGAUCUGGCAAUGGGAUAUAUCAUAUGACUUUAGAAGAACGAGCAUCCUUUUGUCUGCAGGUGCCUGCUCGAUCUGAAAAUCAUCUUGCACGUACAGCAAUCCCAUUAAUUAUUUCACCAUCAUUUCUGUUGUAGAAAUAUGAUUUAUUGAUGUUCGAUCAGUGUUUGGCGUUUCAUGUCUUCCCCUCUGUUCCAAAUGAAGAUAUUUAGUGGGUGAGAGGUGAAUGAGCAAGUUGUGGCAGAUAGUUUUGUUAGCAUUGGAAAGUAAUUCCGAUUUGUAUAUAUCUGUUAUUGACAGUGUCAUAAUUGGCAUGCAUUCAUAAUAUACUUGCAUUUUUUUUAUGGCCGAAUCAGUUUCGGUAAAUCAAUAGAGUGCAUGCUUUGUUUACAAAUGAAGUGAAUGGCGUUUAUACUG